AUGGCAAGCAAGGAGCAACACGCUAAAGCACAAGUGCACACACCCAACGAAGAACCCGCACAUACCCACCAUGACCGCACUCGCCCUCGCCUGACGGAACCUAAAAGAUGGCACCGAAGACGGAGAACCCACCUGCUUAAACACAAACAGGCAAGAUCAAGCCACGCCGCGACCCCAAGCUCACCCCAGAUCCUGCAUGAAGCGGAGAUCCGAACAGCAGCCAGCAACAGGCAAGCUUCCCUCACAGCUCCGAUCCCACUCGACACCAUGGAGAGCCCCAGAGCACCAAAAGGAGAUCCCACUUACCUGCAUCAACAAAGCAGGCUCCCACAGCGACGGGCAGACGAGGCAGCAACUGGAACCCACAAGGCUGCACCUUGCUGUGCCUCAGCAGGACUCUCCAACAAUUCAAACCCUUCAAAGCGCUGGGAAUCGACUGACAGAGAACUCACUGACCAGGACACAUAG